UUUAUGGUGUAGUUAUAGUAAAUAAAACGAGAAAAUUAAAUAUUUUGAUUCUUGUACGCAGUACGAAAAAUUAUUACCUAUUGAUUUAUUAUUAUUACAAAACAACUAAUCAAUUUUUAAUACUUUACCAAACAUCUAAAAUUAUUAUUUAAUUUAGUAUACAUUUAGUAUCUGUGAAGCGCGGAAAACGUACGAUUCAAGAUGGGCAAAGGUUUCAAUAACUACAUGUGUAAAAAGUUUUUUCACCCAGCUUCGAGGGACAAUUUAAAACGAGUAUGGAUGGCUGAACAAAAAUCAGUAAAAGAUAAGAAACGUCAAGAAGAAUUACGACUUCAAUAUGAAAAAGAGCAAGAUUUAUACAAUAACAAAGCACUGCUAUCAAAAGAAAGCAAGGAUAAAUUGAGUGUCAAUUUUAUGUAUGAGCCACCACCAGGUGCAAAAAAAGAACGAGAACGUGAAGAUAAUGAACCAGAGUACAAAUUUGAGUGGCAGAGAAAAUUUAAUGCUCCUAGAGAAGACUAUUGUAAGGGUGAUCAAGAAAUUCGAGAUCAACCUUUCGGCAUUCAAGUGAGAAAUGUACGUUGCAUAAAAUGCCAUAAGUGGGGACACAUAAACACAGACAAGGAGUGUCCCCUAUUCAAUCAAGCAAGUAUAUCAGAAGCCGUAACAAGUGUAGCAGCAAAUGGCUCUAAUGCCAAUAUUACAACACAAGAAUUGAUAAAACAAAUGCGAGAAGAUGGUUUAGCAUUGAAGAAAAGUGCCGCUUCAACUCAACAACAAAUAUCAUGUUCGAAUAAUGGAGAAGAUAGCGACACAGAACUGUUCUUGUAUGUUAAAUCACUUACGAGAAAGAAAAAAAUGAAAUUACUCAAACGAUUGGACAGAAUGGAUAAAAUAAUGAUGAAAGAACAAAAAAUGAUAAUGAAGAAAGAAAGUAAAUUGAAACCAAAGAAGAAAAAAAGAAGCAGUAGUAGUAGUGGUAGUAGUAGUUCAAACUAGUUAACUAUGUAUAAUUUGACACUUCUUAUUUUUAUAACACAUAUUGUAAUUUAACUUUAAUAACCAAGUAAAAUUGUCAUAAUGAAUUUUAAAUAAAACGAUAUCAAUAUGUUAUUACAAAACAGAUUAUUUGUAAGAAUAAGCUAAAAGUUAAUAUAAAAAUGUCAGCUUUACUUACUUUUAAAUGUAUAUGACAAUAAUAAUAAAUUAAAAAAUAAUCAGCGCAGUAUAAAUUGCUAUGAUACUACACUAUGCUGCUGGGGGCUAGGCAGCUAAUUUAUGGGUGUGAAUAAUAUAUAAUCAAAAGU